UACCUACUCCCAGGGAGAGAGAGAAAGAGAGGGAAGUGUGACUUUCACCUGCUGGAGACAACCAGCCUCUCUCUGCUCUGCUCCUCUCUCAGCCUGCAGCUACCAAACCUGCUGUCAGCCUCUCACAGACACAGAGCAAGAUCACAGCACUACUGAAACAGCUGCACUCAGGGCUGCUUUCUCCAACACUCCUGCACUCUCUCACUCUAACAUACACACACAGGCACGUCCAGAACACUACCACGCAAGCGCUCCUCACACACUCACGCAGGCAGGCACACCCCCUCUCAUUAUAUGUGCAGUGAGAAGCUCUGCUCUGCUUGUGUGGGUGUGAGCAGUGGGCUGUGUUUCUCUCUGGCAGCAACAGCAGCACUAGCAGCAGGACUGGUCCAGUGGAGGGCAGUCACCUCACUCUCUCCAGACUCCAGGACAGCUCAUCCCCGGGACUCGGGAAGCCCUCAACAAGCCUUUCUCUCUCUAUUUCUUGUUCUGUCUCUCUCCAUUCUCACUCUCUCUCUGCUUCGUCGUGACGCAGUGUUUCUGACCUUCAUUCCCCUAGUGCACGCAGUGUGGACCAGUGGGACAGCCAUGGAGGAUACCCUCACCUGCAGCCCCACCACCUUUUCCCAGGUGUUUGGACGUCAGGGACAGCUCAUGCAGGCCACGGUCCAGUCUCUGAACAGUCUGAAUGACCAGAUAGCCCACUUCAUGGUGACCAGGCCCGCCACUCUGUCCCGGGAGGACGAGGCCUUCAUGCCUGAAGAGAGAGACACCUUGAAGGAGUCCAUGGCCCUGAUGAGGCACCUACUCUUGGACGCACAGGGGAAAAUCCUUAAAAUGAUGGAAGACAACAAGCAGCUGGCUCAGAGGAUCGAUGGGGCCAUCCAGUCUGCCAGUCAGGAGGUAACCAACCUGCGCUCAGAGCUGUCUGCCACCAGCCGUAGACUGGCAGAGCUGGGGGCCAGCAGCCCCCCCUCGCCCCUGGAGAACAACCACCAGCACCACCACCAUGACAGCCUCCGCUACCGGGAUCCUGCUGGUAAUUACAGGCAGAAGUCGGUGGUGAGCGAUAUCUGUUACCAGACAGAGAUCUCCAGCCUCAUGGACUUUGGGACUCCAGACUCCUCGCUCGACAAAGUGUUGCUGCGUGAGGAGGUGGCCCAGCUGCAGGAAGAGGUGCACCUGUUGCGGCAGAUGAAGGACAUGUUGAGUAAGGACCUGGAGGAGACCCAGGGCCAGGGAGGCUGCUCCUCCCACCUUCUCUCUGACACUGAGCUCCGCGUGCAGAUGGGAGACAAGGAGCAGGAGCUGGACCGCGUCAAGGAGGCCUUACAAGCUAUGAAGUCUGACCGUAAGCGUCUGAAGGUGGAGAAGGCAGACCUGGUGAACCAGAUGCAGCAGCUGUACACCACACUGGAGAGCCGGGAGGAGCAGCUCCGAGACUUCAUACGCAACUACGACCAGCACCGAAAGGAGAGUGAGGAUGCAGUGAAGGCCCUGGCUAAGGAGAAGGACCUGCUGGAGAGGGAGAAAUGGGAUCUGAAGAGGCAGACCAAAGAGGCCACAGAGCAGGCCUGCAUCCUGCGCUCUCACAUGGACAUUAAGGAGAACCGCAUCAAAGAGCUGGAGGCUGAACUCACCAUGGCAAAACAGUCCCUGGCCACGCUGACUAAGGACGUGCCGAAGCGCCAGUCCUUGGCCAUGCCCUCAGAGCCGGUGGUGAACGGCAGUCAGGAGUGGGCGAUGCAGGGAGACCUGCCCCUCACCGCUGCCAUCCGCCAGAGCCAACAAACACUCUACCACGGACACACUGUGGACCGCCAGGCGGUGGUCAGGGUCAGUCCCUGUCACUCCCGCCAGCCCUCUACCAUCUCGGAUGCGUCAGCAGCUGACGGGGAUCGGUCGUCCACCCCCAGUGACAUCAACUCCCCCCGCCAUCGGACACACUCCCUCUGCAAUGUAAGAGCUGCCUGUCACCCCCGACCAAUCUAUGGAGGACCUGGAGGACCAGAAGCGUAAGACUAAGAAGAAGGAGAAGAUGUGUCUGGGCUCCCUGUCCCGGGUGUUUGCUCGGGGAAAGCAGCGCAAGUCAAUGGACCCGGGCCUGUAUGAUGGUACAUCCAUCCCUGAUUAUUACAUAGAGGAGGAUGCCGACUGGUGAUGGUGUGUGUGGAUUUAUGUGUGGUUGUGUGCAUGCGGAUGUGCGUGUCUGUCUCUGUCUCUGUCUCUCUCUGUGCGCGUGUGCGUGUGUGUGUGUUUGACCAUGUGCAUGCGUGCGGGUGUGUUGCCGUAUGUGCCCACAAGAAAAACCUGAGACAACUGCUGCCCCCAGAAAAUGUAUAUUAUCCUCAAAAAUGUAUGUAUGUAAAUUAAAUAUAUAUUUAUAGAUGUACAUGUAUGCAUAUGUAUAUAUGUUUACAUGCAUAUAAAUAUAUACAUGAGAUAAUUAUGUGUGGACAUGUUCAUGCUGUGUAAUCUUUUAUUUAUCUUAAUAUAUAUUUGUUUUUUAUAACUGGAGACAUGAAGGACUGGUGUGAAUAUGUUAAUAGUAGUAAAUCGGCACCUACUGUUUGUAAAUGUCUUUUGUCUGACAACUGUUUUAUUUUAUAGUUGCUUUUAUCAUACUUUUUUAUUUGGAAUUUUCCCAUCCCCAGUCUUAGUUGGCCGAUUCUUUAUAUUCUCAUGAAGAUAUGAAUGAGGGUAACCCUCCACAUUGUGAAUGGAGAAUAAACACACUAGUAUAACCCAUGACGUUAUCCACGAACAGAAGAACACUGGACCGGUGGUAUCAUUUAGUGAUCAACAUUCACGAACAGAAGAACACUGGACCGGUGGUAUCAUUUAGUGAUCAACAUUCAAGUCUAUGGAACAACCAUGUUUCUUAUAGUGAAACUGAAAGAAAAUGAUAAAAAUAUGACAAUCAGAAGGACAUUUGAUAUUCCGGUUAACAAAAUGGACCAGAAACAUCCCACUGUACAGCAACAGUAAGGAGUUUGUGACACUGUAGUGUAGAACAAGUGAAACUGCUACAGCUGGGGGGAGCAGGCCUUAUUGCUUAUUCUGUCAUAAUGGAUAAAAGGGGAGGAACAACACAUUUAAAUAGCUCAUUGGGCAGCAUUGACGAAAAGGAUAGCCUUAUAGAGGAUGAUGCUGUGAGUACGAGAGUGUCUGAUGUGAAUAGUGUGCUUUGUAUAGAUACAUGUUUAGGAAUAUAGGAAUGUUAGAUCGGUAGAGGAUUGAUAUGUGCUUGUUUGUGUAGACCUCCUGCUCUGUUCUACCCAUGCUGAAUGUUUCUGAUAGACACUGACCUUUACAAUCGGAUCAAUUGUUAAAGAAUGAUGGUACCCUGCCAGGCCUGUAGAUGUGUUGAAUCGAUCCAUAUGCAUUUCUCAGACUGAAAGCUGAAAACCAAAAUAAGGUUCCAAAAACAAUGGUAGUAAAAAAGUAGAAAACACACAAAUGUAUCAAUGUAUCUGAUAUGCGGAUUGAAAGCAUUUUAAAGUGCCAAAAGUUCAAGUUUAAUCUUUAACAAAACAGAGUCAGAGUAGAUGUGUGUCACUGCCUUGUAAGAUCGCUUUUGUCCUUAUUGAGUUUAAAUGGACAACUAUCUAAUGUGCCAACGGUAAGCAUAGGACUGUGCAGUAAAACCCCUGCAUGAUUACCUCUGCUGCUUUGGUUAGGAAUCCAUUAGUUAGCAGUAAAAUGAACAACCUCAAGCAUCCUCAUAUUCCCUAACCUCCAAAACAUAACCCGUUCCCAUUUUCAUUCUCUUGCAUCAUUCUGGAUGCAAUGACACUUUUUGUUUUGCUCUUUACCAUACAACCCUCCUAAUUUCUUACAUUUGUGAUUAUGAUGAUAAUUUGUUUCAUGUUUUGUAAUUUAGGAGAUGUUGCAUAAAAGAGUAAAUCUUUCAAAGUAUUUUAUUUAAAGAACAAGAAGUAAGUUCAAGGGUAAGAUAACCUGACCUGUCUUCAACUGUUGGCAGAGGAUGAGGAACUUUAACAUCUUAAAAAAUGAAUAUGAUAAAUGAUUCAAAUAAAAUCAUAUUUUAAAAUGAAAGCAGUAACUAAA